AUGUCUAUCUCACUUGUAGGCCUAAUACUAUCCACAGCAGCCUUGAUGUUCAGCGCCAUGAGACAUAUGAGAUGGGUGUUUGGCAGGCCAGCUAGGUCAUCAUUGAACGCACCAGUCAAGAAGAUGAGUAGUACGCUUGCGACCCUGGAAGGUCAUAAAUACCCUGCAAAGCCGCAUGCUUCUAAGGUUAAAGAGUUCUUUUUGGCGAAGAAGACAAAUGCGCAACCAAGCAAUACUGCUAUUUUCAUUGCUGGUGAACAGCUAGAAGCGAUCAAAUACUGUGACCAAACCAAACCAUUCCGGCAGAACCGCUAUUUCUUUUACCUAACUGGAGUAAACAUUCCAGGAGCAUCGGUUCUAUUUGAUUUCGCUACGGACAAGCUGACCCUCUUUCUGCCCAAUAUAGAUCAGGACGAUGUAAUGUGGAGUGGUCUUCCAAUGAGUUUGGAAGAAGCGCAAAAAAGCUUUGAUGUAGACGAGGUUCUAUUCGUGAAGGAUUUGAGUGAGCAGUUAAAGAAGAAGCCCCACUAUGAAAUAUACACCACAGACCUUGACCGUGUCCCUGAUCUGCGGUUAUUUGACAACUUGAUCUCCUCAGAUGAAGACUUAUUUUAUGCUCUAGAUGAAGCAAGGCUAACGAAGGAUUGGUAUGAAAUUCAGCUUUUGCGCCAAGCAGCGGAAAUCACAGAUAAUUGUCACUUAGCAGUUAUGUCUGCAUUGCCAAUUGAGCAAAAUGAAGGCCAUAUGCACGCGGAGUUUACGUACCAUGCUAUCCGUCAGGGAUCGAAACAUCAGGGUUACGAUCCUAUUUGUUGUUCUGGCCCUAGCUGCAGUACUCUUCAUUAUGUCAAGAAUGAUGAAAAUCUCGAACAUAAACAUUCUGUUCUAAUUGAUGCUGGAGCCGAGUGGCAAAAUUAUACAGCAGACGUGACGCGAUGCUUUCCCAUCAAUGGUAAAUUCACAAAAGAGCAUCGCGAAAUUUAUGAAGCUGUAUUAGACAUGCAAACUCAAGUUAUGAGUGAGAUAAAGCCCGGCGUCUCAUGGGAAAAACUACAUCUUUUGGCGCACCGUGUGCUUAUCAAAAGGUUUGUCAAGCUGGGAAUUUUCAAGAGCAAGUUUUCCGAAGAUGAGAUUAUGAGUAGAAAAGCGUCUCUUUCUUUCUUUCCUCAUGGAUUAGGUCACUUGUUGGGCUUAGAUACCCAUGACGUUGGCGGGCAUGCUAACUACAACGAUCCUGAUCCAUUACUUCAAUAUCUGAGAUUACGUAGACCAUUGCAAGAAGGCAUGAUAGUCACAAAUGAGCCCGGAAUUUACUUCAACCCCUUUUUGAUUAAAGAGUACCUAGAGAAGCAUCCGGAAAGACUGGAAGUCGUAAAUCAAAACACAAUGCAGAAAUACAUGUAUGUGGGCGGUGUUCGUAUUGAAGAUGACAUUCUGGUUACCAAUGAAGGCUUUGAUAAUCUAACUGGCAUAACCAGUGAUCCUGAUGAAAUAGAAAAAAUUGUAUCAGAAGGCCUAUCCAAGGGAAGAUCCCACUUUCACGUAGUCGCUUAG